UUAACUAUAUAUUUUUGUGAAAUUAGAAACUGCAUAGCUUAAUUGUCAUACAAUUUGCUAAAGUGUGAAGAUAAUUUAAGUUUGAGAUGAAAAAAAACAAACAAAAAAAACAAAACAAAACAAAACAAAAAAACAAGUCACCUGUCCUAAAGCAGAAACAGUGUGUGUGUGUGUGCGUGUGUGUGUGUGUGCGUGUCCUUUCCCCUCUGCAGAAUAAACCAGUUCUUGUAAGUGAAAGUGAAUCUCAGCGCCGCCAUUUUGUGUCGAGGGAAAACUAAAACUUCCAGGAGUAAAACACAAGUGAUGGAGGGAAAGAGAUCAGACUCAACUGAACCCAGCUGUGUGUCCAUGAAGAGUGACCGGUCAAUGGAACCUCCAGCAACCUUCAGAGACAGAGACAGUUCUACUGAUGUGAGAAUGAUGGAGAGAAAGAGAUCAGACUCACCAGAACCCAGCUGUGUGUCCAUGAAGAGUGACGUGUCAAUGGAACCUCCGGCAGCCUUCAGAGACAGAGACAGUUCUACUGAUCUGAGACCACAAAAGAAGAAAUCAAACCCAGCAUGCACUGAGAGGGAGGUGGAGGAUGAGGAGGAUCUGCACAGUGUCAGAGAGGGAGCGCUGAAGAUCACACUGCACGUCCUGAAGAACAUGAACCAGACAGAUCUCGCUAAGACACUGCACAGCAAGUCUGUGGUCUCUGAGUAUCAGCAAAAGUUCAAAUCCAACCUGAGAGAGAAGUGUAAAAGAAUUAAUGAAGGAAUCUCACAGCAUGGAAGCUCAGCUCUUCUGAAUGAGAUCUACACAGAUCUCUACAUCACAGAGGAUUGGAGUGGAGACGUCAAUAAUGAACAUGAGGUGAGACAGAUUGAGACAGCGUCCAGGAGACCAGCAACACAGGAGACACCCAUCAAAUGUAAUGACCUCUUUAAAGACAAGUCCAUCAGAAGUGUGCUGACUAAAGGAGUUGCUGGAAUUGGAAAAACAGUCUCCGUGCAGAAGUUCAUUCUGGACUGGGCUGAAGGAAAAGCGAAUCAGGACGUCUUCUUCAUGUUUCCACUUCCCUUUAGAGAGCUGAAUUUGAUGAAGCAGGAAAAUCUCAGUCUGAUGAACCUUCUUCAUCACUUUUUCCCAGAAAUGAAAGAAUUACAAUUAAUAGACUGCAAGUCCUACAAAGUGGUGUUGAUCUUUGAUGGUCUGGAUGAGUGUCGACUUCCUCUAAAUUUCCAGAACAAUGAGAGAUUGUGUGAUGUGACAGAGUCAGCCUCAGUGGAUGUGCUGCUGACAAACCUCAUCAAGGGGAACCUGCUUCCCUCUGCUCUCCUCUGGAUAACCUCUCGACCCGGAGCAGCCAAUCAGAUCCCUCCUGAGUGUGUAGACCAGGUAACAGAGGUACGAGGCUUCAGUGAUCCUCAGAAAGAGGAGUACUUCAGGAAGAAGAUCAGUGAUCAGAGCCUGGCCAAUAAAAUCAUCACACACAUGAUAGGGAUAGGGAUAAAUUCACAGUGAUAAAUUUAAAUAUUUACAAUAUAUUU